CAGCGCGAGCGUUCCAGAAGGGCGAGGCAGCGCAAGCGCAUAUAAAUACAACGGCUUAGCGUUCUGGAGUUCAGUCUACCGGUGCUCGGCAAAGCUCUUACAUCUCCCACAAGCAACUCCCAACACACAUCAUGUCUCUGGAACGUCAAGUCCGCGCCAAGCUCGCUUCCAAGCGCAACCCUGAGCAGGAGAAGGAGUGCCAGGAGUGGAUCGAGACCGUCCUCGGCGCUAAGUUCCCUCCUGGUGAGGCCUUCGAGGAUGUGCUUAAGGACGGCACCGUCCUCUGCCAACUGAUCAACAAGAUCAAGCCCGGCUCCGUCCCCAAGAUCAACACCUCUGGCGGACAGUUCAAGAUGAUGGAGAACAUCACCAACUUCCAGGCGGCUAUUAAAGCGUACGGUGUCCCAGACAUCGACGUGUUCCAGACAGUCGACCUGUGGGAGAAGAAGGACAUCGCCCAGGUUGUCAGCACCCUCUUCGCCCUCGGCCGUGAGACCUACAGGCACUCCGAAUGGAGCGGCCCCUACCUCGGACCCAAGCCCGCUGACGAGUGCAAGCGCGACUUCUCUGAGGAGACCCUGAAGGCUGGUCAGACCAUGAUCGGCCUGCAGGCUGGCUCCAACAAGGGCGCCACCCAGUCCGGCCAGAACAUGGGCGCCGGCCGCAAGAUCUUGCUCGGCAAGUGAGCGCUGCGCCUCCAUAUCCACCCCGCAACGCACCAAGUGAUAUUACUAUAAGAUAUUUCUGUACAAAACUCAGUGCACGGACGCUAUUGUGAGACUGUACCGACGUGAAAUCUAGUCAAGCUUGAUCUGUAAGAUACUCAUCUCUCGAUUGACGAGAAUCAAAGUAAUGUACCUACUUUAGAAGUUAUGGUCUUAUUCCAUGUAGCGCCAAGAUGGUUUUUGUACAUAAGUGCUUAGGAUAAGUUGUAAUAUUUAUUUAUUUCCAUAUUAUUAUUUAUUUUGUAUUAAAAUAUACCUGGGUAUAUCAAAUUUU